CCACCCUCCCCCCAGCUCCGUGCCCCACGUGUCUUGCUGUCUCGCUCUCCGUAGGCGCCCUCCACUUCCCUCUGACUCUACUACCAUCGCUUUUCUCUUCUUUCCCAUUCCCUCUUAAACUCUUUCCACCCCUGGUCACUUCGACCCCAGUGAGAGCGGGGUGGGAGGGACACCAUGGAAUUCGGGGGCAGUUCGCACGGGAAUGCUGGAAGUCCCAGUUCAGGGUGGAGAGUGGCAGAGGGGCCGCGAGAUUCAGUCCUAAGGAGCGCGCUGGGCAGGGCAGAGGCUGGACACUCUCGGGAGCCCCUGGCCCCCUCUCGGACCAGUCCAGCCCACCACCUCUACUGCCUCGAGAGAAGCUUCAGGGGCUGCCUCUGUGAUGAUGGCAUCUUCAGAAGGACCAAAAUAAAAUAACGUUUUUCGAAAGACUUCUGGCACCACCUCUUUAAAGUGACCCACAAAAUUUACACAACCACACUGACGCCGGAAGUUUUGCCCCUAUAAAACAUGGCGGAAAGCUUUCUUGUCUCCAAGGAAACAUUACGUAAGGAGUCUAAGCGGUGGGGAGUCGUUCUGCGCACGCGCAAGAGUACGUGCCACCGGAAGUGAUGGUGCCCCACCUAAGCCGUAGGUUUUAGUACGCGUGCGCAGUAAGCUUUUCCGGCAGCUGUGUUGUGCAAAUGGUGGAGAAGAAAGCCUCGGUCCGCUCCCAGGACCCUGGGCAGCGGCGGGUGCUGGACCGGGCAGCCCGGCAGCGUCGCAUCAACAGACAGCUCGAAGCCUUGGAAAAUGACAACUUCCAGGAUGACCCCCACGCAGGACUGCCCCAGCUGGGCAAGAGGCUGCCUCAGUUUGAUGACGAUGCAGACACUGGAAAGAAAAAGAAGAAAACUCGAGGUGAUCACUUUAAACUUCGCUUCCGAAAAAACUUUCAGGCCUUGCUGGAGGAGCAGAACUUGAGUGUGGCUGAGGGCCCCAACUACUUGACAGCCUGUGCGGGUCCCCCAUCACGGCCCCAGCGCCCCUUCUGUGCUGUCUGCGGCUUCCCCUCCCCAUACACCUGCGUCAGCUGUGGUGCCCGGUACUGCACCGUGCGCUGCCUGGGCACCCACCAGGAGACCAGAUGUCUGAAGUGGACCGUGUGAGCCUGGGCGUCAGAGGCAGGGCCUCCAUGUGUCACCUCGCUUUUGAAAGGCAUCACCAGGAGGGGGCUCCCCCUGAAUCGAGGGAGGAGCUACUUACCCAACAGAACUGUGUCUUACCUACCAGGGAAGACCAGUCUCACAUCUGGGGACUGUGACAGGACGUGGGCCGGGCCCACUGAGUGCUGUUGAAAUAAAAGGCCUCAUGCCAGGAGCCUGCCA